UCUCUCUCUCUCUCUCUCUCUCUCUCUCUCUCUCUCUCUCUCUCUCUCUCUCUCUCUCUCUCUCUCUCUCACACACACACACACACACACACGUCUAGACGCGGAAAAACUGAACGCGGAGGCCCAUGGCAGUUCUGGGCAUUCAGAUCCCUCAGAGAUGAGUCUGGCACCCAUUCUUGAAGAAACGUUGAUCAAACGCUCUCAGCAGAAGAAACGAACGUCUCCGCUCAACUAUAAGGAGAGAGUGUUUGUGCUGACCAAGAGCAAGCUGACGUACUAUGAGCUCCGAGCCGAGAAGAGGUUCAAGAAGGGUUCGGUGGAUCUGCAGCGGAUCAGGUGUGUGGAGAUCGUGAAGAACAACACCACCAUCAUCCCCUGCCAGAACAAAUAUCCCUUCCAGGUUAUUCAUGAUGCCAUCACGCUGUAUAUUUUUGCUCCCAGUAACGAGAGUCGAAGCGUUUGGGUCCAGAACCUCAAGGAAGAGAUCAGGAAUAACGUUCAGAUCGCAGCUAAGUUCCACCCUCAGUUCUGGCAGGAGGGCGAGUGGCUGUGCUGUGGGCAGGUGGAUAAACUGGCCCCGGGCUGCGAGGGAUACAACCUGUUCGGAGACAUUUCACGCAAACCUCUUCCUCCUGUUCCUGGAGACGAGAGCAGCACGACACGCCGGCCCCCGCCUCCCCCGCCACCCGCAGUUGAGACGGCACAGGAAGAGGCGGACCCUCAAGAGGAAGUGGUCAUCGCACUGUAUGACUUCGAGGCGCUGGAGCCUCAUGAUUUGACGCUGAUGAAGGGCGAGGAGUAUGUGAUCCUGGAGAAGUGUGACGUGAACUGGUACAAAGCGCGGAACAAACACGGAGAGGAGGGCUACAUCCCGAGCAACUAUGUGACUGAGAAGGAAUCAGACACGCUGGAGCAGUUCAUAUGGUUUUGUAAAAAUGUCAAUCGUAACAAAGCUGAAGAGCAGCUCAGGAAAGAGGCUAAAGACGGUGGAUUUAUGGUUCGAGUGUCCAGUAAUACAGGGACGUACACUGUGUCACUGUACACCAGGAAUACAGGGGACGGAGCAGCUACAGUCAGACAUUACCAGAUUAAAGAAACAAAUGGCUCACCAAAACAGUUUUACCUGGCUGAGAAAUACAUCUUCAACAGCAUUCCUGAACUCAUAGAGUACCACAAACACAACGCCGCAGGACUUGUUUCCAGGCUCCGUCAUCCUGUCGGCGAUCAGACGAGAGAAGCUCCUAAAACAGCAGGAUUCAGCUACGAUAAAUGGGAGAUCAACCCGUCUGAGCUGACCUUCAUGAAGGAGCUGGGCAGCGGUCAGUUUGGAGUGGUGCGGCUGGGCAAAUGGAGGGCGCAGCAUAAAGUGGCCAUUAAAACCAUCAGGGAAGGAGCCAUGAGUGAAGAUGAUUUCAUAGAGGAAGCCAAGAUCAUGAUGAACCUGUCUCACCGGAACCUGGUGCAGCUGUACGGCGUUUGCACGCAGCAGAAGCCCAUUUACCUGGUGACGGAGUUCAUGGAGCUGGGCUGCCUGCUCAACUACCUGCGUCAGCGCCGAGGAAUGCUGGGAUCACAGGACCUGCUGGGAAUCUGCCACGACGUCAGCCAGGGCAUGCAGCAUCUGGAGCAGAACGGCUUCAUCCACAGAGACCUGGCGGCCAGAAACUGUCUGGUCAACAGCUCGCUGGUGGUGAAGGUCUCGGACUUCGGGAUGACCAGGUAUGUUCUGGACGAUCAGUACUGGAGCUCCUCUGGAGCCAAGUUCCCUGUCAAGUGGUCCGCGCCUGAAGUCUUCAACUUCUGCAAAUACAGCAGCAAAUCUGACGUCUGGUCAUUCGGUGUGCUGAUGUGGGAGGUGUUCACGGAGGGGAAGAUGCCGUUCGAACACAAUCAGAACCACGAGGUAGUGAUGAUGGUCACUCAGGGACACCGGCUCUAUCGGCCCCAGAAAGCGGCUCCGCACAUCUACAGCAUCAUGAAGAUGUGCUGGAUGGAGAAACCGGAUGAGCGUCCGAGCUUCACGGAGCUCUCACUGAUGAUCACAGACGAGCUGGAGGCCGACGGACCCGCAUCGUGAGCUCUGAUUGGACGGCCUGACGCUCCAAUCGGCGCACUCCUCGUGAGCUCGUGAUGGCUUCGCAUCGGCUCGGGGGCCGCGCCGCGGAUCCAGAUCUUCACCGGCCAUGCGGAAGGGCUCCGGGCCCCAGUGAGACGCUUCAGCGCUUGAUUCCUCCUCAUAUGAGUCUGUAUUUAUGACUGUGACCGAGUCAUUCUGAAUGUGUGUCGAUCUGCUGUAAAGUGUCUAAUAAACCCCAGACGAGUGUUGAUGGA